UGAAGGCUUGAAUUGCCUGAGAAACAAUACUACUGAAUUGUAAUGGGUUCACAAGGUGCUUUGCGAAUUUUGUAAACAAGUUUUUCUUUCCUAGUGGUUGUUUCGGGAAUUUUAUUUGGGUUUUUUGUAAUUUUAAUUCCCGUAAUUUUUUUUAAGAUAUUAUUGUAUGUGUAGCCAGCUAAGAUGCCUUCACAAGCUAUAAAACCAUCUUCACUUGGGAUGACUGGAAUAAGGAAUAAUGAUACAUGGACUGAUGGCCUGCCCAUCUGCCAUCUUUCAGGUGUGGGAAUGUCAGCAAACCAAAUGUACCGGGAAGAUGGGACUCCAUGUUCAGAACAUGAGUUUGAAGAUCGCAGCAUACACUUUUGUCUUGAUCGUGAGAAUAACACUUACCUGUAUGGUGUUUUUGAUGGUCAUGAUGGAGCUAGGGCAGCUUACUUUGCUUCACAGAGAAUGCCAGCUGAGCUUAGUUUUGAACAGCUUACUGGCAAAACUACUGAAGAAGAUGUUAAAGAAGUUUUUAGAGAAGCUUUUCUUUCAGUUGAAAAUGCCUUUCUCGAAUCAAUUGACCCAAAAAUCGCUGAACGUACACAGUUAUUGGAUAAGAUCCCUGAUGGAAUGUCACAGUUUGAAGCCGCACAAAAGUACCCUGAAACAUUCAGCAGACUUCAGGCUCUUGAACAUGAAAUUCGUGGAGGCACAACUGCUGUUGUUGCUUUAGUACAUGGCGGAACUUUAUAUGUCGGAAAUGUUGGUGAUUCUAGAGCUCUACUGUGCAAGAAGGAUCGGUUAGGAGUUCUGAAAGUCAAGCAGCUGACAUCAGAUCACACAACAAGCAGUCAUGACGAAGUUGAAAGGUUGGCAUCAAUAGGCUUGCCCGCUUCAAAAAUACGUGGUGCUAAACUUGGUAACCAUGAGCUCACAAGAUGCAUUGGAAAUUAUUUUAUGAAAGGUGGAUAUAUGGAAUUUGACAUACUGAGUUCAGCUACCGUUGAACCUGUCAUUGCUGACCCUCAUAUAACGUCUAUACCAAUUGAUGAAUCAUGCAGUUUCCUACUCCUGAUGAGUGAUGGAUUGUACAAGUCUUAUCAAGAAGCUACAGGAUCUGAGCAAGUCAACAAAGAAAUAGCACAGAUGGUGGUUGAACAGUUCAUGGAGCAGUUAACACUGACAAGUAUCGCUCAGACAGUUGUGGAUAAAGUUGUUAGAUUGCAUCAUGACAAUUACUUGACAAAACAGAGAAAUGUAACUUUCAGGGAUGAUAUAAGUCUUGUAAUUCGCAAUUUCAAUUAUCCUAUGCGUAGUGCCAUAUCUUCUUGUUCCCUUGGAGGCACUUCACCCCGUCCACCAUGUCAUCAUCCUCUUCACGGGCAGCAAGAUCUAUCUUCAUCAUCUGGCAGUGAUGAUGUAACCCUCUGUGAAGAUACAGAUACCCUCCCUGAUCUUCCUGAACCAAGACUUACAUUGGCUUCACGAGGUACAAGGCCUGACUUAUCUGAUGGAGUUUUAAAUUCUAUGGAGGAGAUGAGUCUAAGACAUCACACUGAUACUAAUACUACCUCAACAGAAUCUUCUGGUCUUGAUAAUCCAAGUUUAACACAGUUUUCUUUGGAUGAAGAUGGAAGGAUACAUCCAUAUGUGUCUUUUGACCAAUAUUAUCAGGCUAUUGAAGAAGCAAGAGCUGCUGGACUUAUCAGUGAAUCUCAGCUUCAUCUAUAUAAGUAGCAGUAUGAAUUUUCACAUAAACUUUGAUAAUCUUUUGCGUUUUUAUUUUGUGACGAAUUGCUAUUAAACAUGAUUACAAAUAAGUUUUAGUAUUGUGUAUAUAAUGUAUGUGAUCACUGGAUGUGGAUUUCGUAAUAUAUUUAGUGAUAAGAAGUUUACCUGGAUGAGUGGGCGCUAUACAACUCAGUAUCAGGUUGAAUAUAGUUCAUUUUAUUGAAGCCUGGGCGCUUUUCUUUUGUGGUGGACUAAAUUUCAGUCUGAUCAGAGAAAAACAAACUAAGGAGAUAUGACUUCAAAGAAAAGUGGAUUUCAGUAAGAUUAGAAAUUAGAUUACAUCUAACUUGACUGUAUGUGCACUUGAAAAUUAUUUCUCUCUUGAUGGCUGCUUUAACCAUACAGUACUAUGUGGAUCACUCGUUUCUAUAAUUCAUGUUGUUCCUUAGAUUAACAAAUACUUUAACAUCCGAAUCAAUUGCAUUUAUACAGUACAGUAAUUGCAAGAUUGUGUGAUGUGAAUAUUUCUUUAAUAUUUUGUAAAGUAUGGAAAAACUUUUGAAAAUACCUUUAAGAGUCUGUUGUCUAACAGACUAUUCAAAGAAACUGUUCAUUUUUUCUGUACUUACGAAUAAUGAAUUAGAUAAGAUCUGAUGUUCUAACUUCACUAAGGAUUUAUGGAAAUAUUCAAGGAAAUUAUAAAUGCUUCAGGGCAAAUAAUGAUUGACUGUAAACAGUUAAAUAUCAGUCAGUAUUAAUGUUCUGUUGACAUCCUUGUUAUUAAUAACGUAGUGUUACAUUCCUUAUUUAUAGCUCUUUAUCAUUGUUAUUCUUUUAUUUCAAAGUUCCAUAGGUUUUGAAACAAUCAAAUUCUGCUCUAUGCAGGAGUCUCAGGUCUUUUGAAACAAUUAGAGAACCUGGCAUAAGUUAUGAGUGGCCAGCCUUAUUACUUACAAAUAAUAUUUCUUUCCUAAACAUCUACUUGUAAAUAACUAUUUCAAUUUGUUCUGAUGUUAGAAUAUCUCUGGAAAUGCCUUACAUACAGAGUAAUCCUCAGAUAACAGGACAGUUUUAACCAAGGAUAAAAGAGCUGGUUGAUCUAAUAUUGUACUAUUGAGAUUUAUAAAAGUUUUAACUUUA